AUGUACCACUCCGAAUUUGCGCGGCGCUUACGGAGCCAAUCCAACGCGGGUGUGCGGCAAUCGGCUUCCACUUCUGGGCUUUCGAAUUCGCAGUGCGCAGGGUCCAGCAGCGCAGAUCCACUUUAUGACGCUACUUCGCCAGGUCUUCCUCGUGCUCAAACGUACGAUGUGGACCUCACCGCAUCCCGCCACAGCACACGGGCGACGCAGCAGGCACCAUUGACGCCCCGCAAGGCAAAAUCCAAAAACUCUUUUCUCCAUGGCGAUCGGUGCGUACACCAUGCAUACACUGACGCUAGUUUUAUUCCCAGUCGCGAUGGAUCGGACCUGCAGGCCGCAUUCCAGCUCAUGUCAGAAGACGCACUGACCCCCGGCGGGCGAAACAAGCGCAAGAUUGUGCCAGAUAUGGAUGCGCAGACCGAAGAGGCGAACGAGACAUACUCCAUGCUUUUAAGCUCGGAGCUUUUCGGCUCCGACGCCGCGCUGUGUUCUUCGCCGAGCGCCAACAUGGGCAUUGUCUCGCCCUCGCGCUCUGGAACGCCAACCAUGAUCCACUCGCCCACCAGUGCCAGUUGGUCAGCGCGCGGUGCAGAUUCUUCUCUUCCAACCACUCCAUCCAAGAAAAAUUUGCUGAGCUUCCGCAGCCCCACGCCCUCGACGACUCCAUCGCGUUCGCGUGAUCGCAGGCUGCACGGCUCGCAAAUGACGCCGUCUUCCAGCGGCCGCUUGCACGAAUCCACCUCUUUGGAUGGGCUGGAUGAGUGCUCUACCCAGCUUUUUGCGCGUGGAGCGACGCGCUCCUCUAUUGACGCGGGUCUCUUUGGUGGGCUCUCUGUCGGUGGCGCAGGCUCGCCACCCGGUCCGCAAACCUCGCUCCUCUCCACCAGCGAGCAGAUUGACUCGCCUGCACACACGGCAUACAGCACGAGCCCUGUCAAGCCUGAAAGCCAGCGGAUUUUGCUCCAGUCGCGCAAACCUGCACGCGCGAUUAGCAAAGUACCGUACAAGGUCCUCGACGCCCCCGAGCUCGCCGACGAUUUCUACCUAAAUUUGGUUGAUUGGUCGAGCCAGGAUUUGCUGAGUGUCGGACUGGGUCGCUGUGUAUACUUGUGGUCCGCCAAAAACUCGGGCGUGUCGCGUUUGUGCCAGAUGCCAAGCAUGCACGACAGCAUCACGAGCGUCAACUUUGCAGAGCGUGGAAACCAUUUGGCCAUCGGCACUCAUUCUGGUGUUGUGCAAAUAUGGGACACCGAGAAGGAAAAACUGCUGCGGACCAUGAUGGGUCACACGGCUCGUGUGGGAUCACUGGCAUGGAACAACCAUGUCUUGACCACGGGCUCACGCGAUCGCACGAUAUACCACCGUGACGUGCGCGUGCCAGACCACCACGUCAAAACUUUGCGUGCACACCGCCAGGAAGUGUGCGGCCUGAAAUGGAAUCUGACGCGCGAGCUGCUCGCGUCCGGAGGCAACGACAACAAGCUCUUUGUCUGGGAUGGUCUUCGCGAGACGCCUCUCCACCGCUUUACAGAGCACACGGCGGCGGUAAAAGCGAUUGCAUGGAGCCCCCACCAGCAGGGCUUGCUUGCUUCUGGCGGCGGUACGGCAGACAUGAAGAUCCGCUUUUGGAACACCCAGACCGGCGCACUGCUCAAUACCAUGGACACCGGCAGCCAGGUAUGCAACCUUGCAUGGAACAAGUCGUCCAACGAAAUAAUCAGUACGCACGGCUACUCGAGUGGGCACAUCCACAACCAGGUCCAGCUCUGGCGGUACCCCAGCUUGACGCAGACUGCAACACUGACAGGCCACUCGAUGCGUGUCUUGUACCUCGCUAUGAGCCCAAACGGCAAAACAAUCGUCACAGGCGCAGGCGACGAGACGCUGCGUUUCUGGGACCUCAAUACGCCUUCGUGCGAUACGGCGCACAGGCGCGACGACAAGGCGGUCCACUCGUCCUUUGUCAAGUUGCGCUAA